CCCUGCUUUACGACUGUUUUGGAGGCUGAUUCAAAAUGGAGUAGCUCUCUUUAACCCGAGUCAGGUUCAGCAGCUGUGCUCUCGUCUUCUGUUCGAUUUUUCACUUUAACAGCUUGUUUGUCGUUAUAAAUUUAUUACCUCCUGCAAAAUGUCGGAAGAGAAGAAGUCCGGCUCUUUGGGUUUCUUUUCCAGCUACGACGAUUUGAGCGACAGCAGCGACUCGGACGAGGAGGGAGAAAGUCGGAAGAAGAAAGCGGAGACAGAAGGUCCGGGCGGCGCAGCUCAGUCCUCCUCACAGGGGACCAAACGAGCCGCUGGAGGGGCUCCUUUACCCAGACCUGACGAGCUGUUCAACUCCGUGUCCAAACCCGCCUUCCUGUAUAACCCUCUGAACAAGCAGAUAGACUGGGACAGCCUGUCAGUCAAAGCGCCUGAAGAGGCUCCCAGAGAAUUUAAGCCAUGGAAGACGAAUGCUGUGCCCCCUCCUGAGAGCUACGCUGCAGAGCCAGAGAAGAAGAAGGGUCCUCCACCAGGAAUGGACAUGGCAAUAAAGUGGUCCAAUGUCUACGAGGACAAUGGAGAAGACGCACCGCAGGCUUACUCUGGCAACGCCCGCUUCUUACCUGCAGAGGAGCAGCCGUCCGACUCAGAUGAAGAAUCUGAGAAACAGUCUCUGUCUGCCAAGAAGCGGCGAGUGGAGACCUUCCAGCAGAAGGAGAAGAGGAAGAGGGACAUGGGACAAGCGACCUCUGACAAGAACUUUGUAGAAGAAGAGAAAAGGAUCCUCAGGCAAAAUGCUGAGUGAGACCCAAGCUGUCUGCAGCCACGAGUUGGUUCAUACUUUAAACAUCGUAUGUCAGCAGAGAACACAGGCGGAUGCUGCACACAUACAGGGUCUUUUUAUCAAUGUGUUGACAUACUGUGAUUAGCAAUAGUAUUUGUUUUGUGUUCAGAUGGAUGUACCCACACAUGAAAGGCCGUUUUUCUUUGCUGUUGUGUUUAACAAGGCUUUUUUUCCCAGAGGAACCAGACAGAACAUUAAUAGUCGAUGUGCAAAGUUUCCAAGCUGAAUUCUGAUUCUCAUUUAUUUCUAUUUUGGGACGAGAUUUGGUGUUUUGCAAUCGGGCGGUUAUUUUCACAGUCUUUCUUACCAGUACUCUUCCAAAGAUCCGCUGAUGAGAGAUACUGCUAGGCACAGCUUUACAGCCUGUACAGAGCACUGGCCUUUUUCAGCCAAGCAAUCCGAUCUAAGACUGUCCAUAAGCCAUAUCCCUUGGACUCCGCAAAGAGGCAGGUAAAUACAUAGUUUUUGUAACUGACAGGAAUGAAGGCCAAAACGAGAGAAGUAUUUGACUUCAAAUUUGGGUGUAUUCAUCGACUCAAGCGGUGCAUUUUGUUAACAAAAAAAACAGGAAUUUUGUUAGAAUGCCUUUAUUUAUGUAUGUCCAGUUAAAUCAGAACUUCUCAUUUAUUCUUCAGUGUUGAUAUCAGGUCUUGCUUUAUUAUGUAACCGAUCAGAUAGAGCUGUGGGAGGAAUGCUGCUUCAGAUCACACAGGGCUCACUACAGAUGCAGUGAGGCAGCUGCUUCAGAACCAAAGUACCGCUCCUUAAAUUAAUGUCUUUGAUCAGGAAUCACUUAAACAGUAAACAAACUGAUAUUCAUAAAUUACGUUUAAAUUUAAUUAGAAUCCUGUAAUCUGCAAGGUCAGUAAUCAGUUGAUCUUAGUUUAAUCUGCUGUCAGCAAAAGGUCCGAAGGUUUGGUGAGUUUGCUUUGCCUCCUGUUUGUUUGAAUAUAAUUAACUGAAUUAACGGCUGUGGUGGUGUAUUUGGUCUGUGCUUGUGUUUUUGUUGUAUUAUACUAAAUACAUAUCCACCACUGAAAUGUUGGCGUGUGUGUGUGUGUGCGCGCGUGUCUUGUGUUGACACUGACUUUCCUUAGAAUCUAGAGUAAAAAUGGCUGUAAAUCUGUUUCAAUUGCAAUUUAAAAACUGCCUGUUCUUCCAGCCUAUGGCCACUAGAUGUCGCUCAUAAGCUACACUAGAACUCCCUCCAUGUUUAGAGUGAAGAAUGAUGUUGAGCACCCAAAUUACAACCAGGGCCCGUGUACAUAUGUCGUGUUUCUUAAAAAGGAAGUGCUGAACUUCGAUUCAGAAGUUUGUCUCGUCUCAGUUCUCUUGAGAUACUCGAUGCUUACAAACCGUUCAGUCUCGUGUACCUUGUACAGCACAACACUUCACAUCGGUGCUGAAAUAAACAAAAUCAGCUUCCUGUGAGUUUAUUAUUCCAGAUUAUUGGAGAUUACUGGAACAUUGUAUUGUUUUAUGGACCUUUUAUUUCUUCCAGCUAACGUGUUCAUUCGAUGUAAACAGUUCUAUGGAGAAGUUAACCGUCUUGUUUCAGUGGUGUAUUACUCACUAUGAACCACUUAGGCAAUAAAAAGUGUUAUUAUGGAUAAA